GCUGCUGGAGCGAGGAAUGCUCUCAACGCAGGCAAAUCAUGGAUGAAAACCUCAGUAGGGGUUACGUUCAACUCAACCGGCGGCAGCGCGGUCCGGAACGGGAUCACGAUGCGCCGCGUGACAACUAUCACCUAGUUUAUUUAGGCCUAGUGCUCGCCGGUAUCGGCUUUCUUGUACCUUACAACUCGUUCAUCACAGCCUGCGACUACUUCCAGGACAAGUACCCCAAAACGUUGAUACUUUUUGACAUGUCUCUAUGCUACAUUCUCGUCGCUUUUGUUGCCGUAUGCAUCAACAACGUUCUCGUGGAGGCUCUUCCUUUCACGACAAGAAUUGCGUUCGGUUACGUCGUCUCGUGCGUGACGUUGGUCUUCGUUCUUCUAUUCGAAAUCGGAUGGGAUGUAUUCGACCACGAUACGGGAUACGCCGUAAACCUGCUAGCGGUAGCGAUCGUCGCAUUCGGAUGCACAGUGCAACAGUCGAGUUUCUACGGAUACACCAGCAUGCUUCCCGCGCGCUACACUCAGGCCGUGAUGACAGGAGAAAGCGCCGCGGGUUUGAUUGCGUCGCUGAAUCGCAUAUCGACAAAGUUCCUGUUGAAGGACGAAAGAAUCAACACGAUGCUGUUCUUCUUCAUAUCAGUAGUCCUAAUCGUGUCAUGCAUAAUCAUCUAUUCAAAACUGCAGAGCUGUGCCUUCGUUACUUAUUACCUCCGUCAGCACUGCACUCCGAACACAGUGUUUCUCAGCGACCAGCUUCAGUCGGGGGUGCGGAGCGAACUCUUGAACAAGGACGAUACCGAAGAUGUGCAUUUGGUUGACACGGCGGAUGAUGAUGGAGCAUCUCCGAGAGUCCCUCAGAACGCGGUGCUCUCAUUCAGGUCGCCUCCGACCUCUCCUACCGUCGAGACCGGGGACGUGAAUCUUCUGUCCGAACCUCUCGCUGAUCCUCGCCAGGUGAUUCACAAUCUUGUAACACCAGGGAUGGUUAAUAAAUCAAUCAAUCAAUCAUCAUCAAAUGUCUCAAUGCAGACCUUCAACCUGACGUCGACAGCCAGAGAUCUCGUUUGGCCAAUAUCAAGAAUUCGAGUUGAUGCGGUCCCCGCAACGGCGGAUCGUGUCUGUUUGAGCUAUCAUGGCAUUGAGGACUCGGAACCGUUCCAGAUUGAAGAGGAGCUGGCGAAUUAUGGAUUGGCAGCGCAUCAGAUCAGGUGGCUCUCGAGCAACGAUCUCGACAUGUCUGAGGGCCGUCAUCGUUUCAAAGUACAAGACGUUGUAGUGAAAAUCAGAGGCACCGCUGCCACGAAACGCGUGCAGUGGCUGAGAGCCAUCAAAAAGGGCUUCACGGACCGUUUCCAAGUCGCCCGGUCCGUUUGGCCUUAUAUGCUGAGUAUUGCCUUGGCGUACUUCGUCACACUCUGCCUUUUCCCCGGAAUUGAGUCCCAAAUAGUUUCGUGUAGCCUCGGCAGCUGGAUGCCUGUGAUUCUUAUGGCGAUUUUCAACGUUUCUGAUUUUUGUGGCAAGAUGCUCGCAUCCUUCUCGUAUAAACUUAGCCAAAACUCAAUGUUAUACUACUCUUUGGGGCGAGUGAUACUCGUGCCAUGGAUCGCCAUGUGCGCUCUGCCGAGCGCGAAGACGACGGCUCUCGACGAUAUGUGGUCAAUGAUUCUAUCUCUGGUGCUCGGCGUGAGUAACGGAGUUCUAGGAAGCGUUCCCAUGAUUGUCGCUCCAAGCAAGGUUCCGCAUCAGUACCGAGAGCUGACAGGGAACAUAAUGACGCUCAGCUACAGCGUGGGCUUGACAACAGGCUCUCUCGUAGCCUACCUCAUACAGGGUUGGGUGAAAAAAAUGCGAACCAAUGAACCAUGCGCAUCGAUGCAGCACCCGACUCUUUUCCAUGCUGGCUUCAGCGCUCCGAUCUCUACGGCGGCUGGAGUUGUGCGAGCGACGGCUUUGCCCACUCCGCUACCGACGGAGCUCUUAAGCACACAUCUAACGAAUGCGACCUCGAUUAUCCUCAAGACCGUAGGGGCGAUGAUGAACUCGUCGACGACAAGUUCAACUACAACGGCAACGCCGGAAAGCACCGUCUCCGCCUCAACACCGACGGCUAUGCUGACGACCAUUUCGACAUAUCUGAACUUUACCACUGUUGAACCGAAUGGCCAAAUUUAGAUGGAGCGAUCAUCAUCGCUAUGCUG